AUGGAGCUUUUAAAAAGAAAUACGAAAGAUUACAUACAACGAAUAUUAAUUCUUAACGUUGAUUCGGAAAUUUCACUCGAUAAGAACAAAGAAAUUUUUCGAAAAUCAAAAGAUUUUUCUUUUAAAGACGUAGCUAUUAUGAAUGAUAAAACAAUAUUUAUUUACAACGAAUAUUUCGAUUACAUCAACGAAUUCCAAUUAAUAGAUGAUAGGGUAAUCGACAAAGUCGAAAAAUCCUUUAAAACUUUUAAUUUUAACCAAAGAAAAGUGUCAGGAGUGGUCACUCAAAGUAUUCCAAUAACUUAUCUCGAGAAAAACGGAGAAGUUAAAGGUUUAGAUUUAAAAUUCAUGAUAUUUCUAUCGCAAGUUUUAAACGCUAAGAUCGAAAUAAUUUAUUCGACAUUAUUUGGAAGUAAAGAAUCGAACGGAACAAUAACGGGAUCUUUUAGAUUAUUGUAUGAUAAAAGCACCGACGCAAUUUUCAGCCAAAUUUUCAUAAAAAACUAUUAUAUCGACGAAUUUACAUUCACCGAAAGCAUCGAUAGCGAUAAAUUAUGCGUUGUUGUGCCGAAAUUGGGGCGAAAACCAAAAUGGAUCGCAUUAUUUUCAACGUUUACGUUAAAAGUUUGGAUUUUUUUAUUAAUUUCGUUUUUAACAACAAUCGCAAGUUUGUAUUAUUUAAGAAAAUUAAACCACUUAACAACACCCGAACAAAACCGAUCGAGAAAUAGUCACGAUUACGAUUUUAAACCGUUUACAGUCGUCACAGACACGUUCCACAUAUACUUUAACAUUCCAAAAGCAGCAUUUUCACGGAGAACUCACGAAAAAUUAAUAAUGUCGAUUAAUUUGUUGUUUAUUUUGAUUGCUUCAACUGCAUUUCAAAGCUCAUUAUCGACUGUUUUAACAACUCCAAAGUAUUAUAAUAAUUUUAAAACAUUAGAAGAAUUAUCAGUUACUAACGCUUUAAUUUCAACUCAUUCGAAAUCUUUAAGUGAUACUUUUCAGGCGUAUAAUCAAUCUUAUAUGAAAAAAUUAAACGAAAACUUAAUAGUUUUACCUUAUAACAUUCCGAAUUAUAGUAAUUUUUUAGCUAGAUUGACCAAGACUAAAUUUGAAAUGAAUAAUCAAGCUAAAAUCGGCAAGAUAUCGAUUCAUACUAUACCGGAAUGCCCGCAAAAUUAUUUAUUAGCAUUUGUUGUUCGAAGAGAUUCUUUAAUGUUGCAAGAGAUUAAUUAUGUAAUUCGAGGUGCUUUGGAGGGUGGGUUUUAUAACAAGUGGUACAGAGAUAUCGUUGGGGAUGAUUUAAAAUCAAUUCAAGAUGUACAAAUUCGUCCUUUUACUGUUAUUGAUUUACAAACCGCUUUUUAUGUACUUUUUAUUGGGUAUUGUUCGUCGAUUAUUGCGUUUUUACUAGAAAUUUAUAAAAAACAACCUUGAGUUCUGACGUAGUUAUACAUUUCUUAGCUUAGGAUUCAUCGAAUGUUCGAAUUAUAUCAUUUUUAGCAACAAGUGCUAGAUUCAAUCGUAUUAAUAU